UACUUGAGUAAGACGUCUAAAACUUUAUUUGUUGAUUUUUAUACUUCGUUAUUUACUAUUACAAGCAAAAUAUUUCGUUAAAUAAUGUCCAAGACAGCACAUGUAGUGGAUGGCGAAGCUUCGGAAUCCGAUUCCGAAAUCGAAAUUGGUAAAUCACCCGACAUAACUCCAUCAUCCCGAGCCUGUGUCAUAUCAGGAGAAGCACCUGAGUCUGAUGAUGAAACGAAAGUACAAUCUCCGGUUCUCAAUGAAAUCGAUGCUCCGCUCAACACAUCUCUCUUUCGGUCCUCACCGAACAAGUUGAUAUACAAUUCCUUGUUGCAUCAAAAGUUAUGGGAAUGCAAUGUAUCACUCCGGGCAACAAUUGAAGGCCUCGCAAAACAUACAACGGACAUCUGUGUCGAAAAGCUGACCAGUUCUGAUAAAACUUUGCUAAAUGUGCAGGAAUGUAUGCGAGCAACAAACGCCAACUUAACUCUGGCGAGAGCGAGGUUGAAGCAACUUCACACCGAACUGGAAAAGGCGAAUUGUUCAACAGCCUUGCCGACUGUCAAGAUUAAAUAAAUAACUCACUCAUAAUAAAAUUGUUUUUUUU